AUGGAUGUUCAAAAUGAUGGAGAAUAAUAAGGUGAUAAUAAUGAGAAUGAUAGAAAUACAAUUCCAAAAAUUACAAAACUCUUCUCAAGAGCAAUGGAUUAAUUUAGAUUGAGAGUGUUUUUCUUAUUCCUUGAGAGAUUGUAUAUAAUAAUCAGCAUGUCGAUUAUUUUAGUUUUAUUAUCAUUACAAAAUUGUGGGUGGAAUGAUUUACAUUAUUGGGUUUUAUUUAGCAGUAUACAGGCAGUUUUUAGCUUAAUCUUGUAUGGAUAAUUGUUUCAUUUUUCCAAUAUUCAAUCCAUAUAAUAACAUUUAGCUUUUCAUUAUGUUUAAAUAGUAUUUGUUCCAAUAAAUGAAGUUACAGAUCAUCCAGUAGCUCCAGAAGGUAUAUAAUUAUUAUUAUGAAAGUUUAUGAUCCUACUGCAAACUUAUCUACUAUGGAACUUGAUAAAAAGGCAGAUAUAAUGCAAUUAUAAAUAAGAUAAGAGAUUGUUAAUUAGAGUAAAUUUUGCAAAUACAAUAACAUAUUCAGUAAUGUUACAAAUUAGGCAAUAUUUAUAUGGACAAUAUAUUAUAUUGUAGCUAAUCCUUAUGAAAGUAGUAAAGAAGUUGAUUGCAAUAAAUGGCCAAUUAUCCAAACUUAUAUUUAUGGAUCUUUUUUGUUCUUAUAAUAUUCUUAAUAUUAUUUACUGGUUGCUUUGGCAUUAGUUAUCCUGCCUUUUAUUUUGAUUUAUUUAUUAAUUCGAUGUUUUACAGACAGAAAAAAGAAAUAAGAAGCCUUGAGAGCAUUAAAUGAUUUACAAAAGAAAAAGAUUUUGUAUAAGCCAAACAUUCUUGAAGGAGAACAAGAAUGUUCAAUAUGUAUGUAGCCUUAUCAAACUGAUGAUGAAGUUUUAUAAAUGCCUUGUAGUACACUUCAUCAUUUUCAUAACACAUGUAUAUCUGCAUGGCUAUAAAUUUAAUCAACAUGUCCAAAUUGUAGAUAAUAAUUAUUGCCAGAGAAUUUAUAACCACUUCUUCAGCAACAACAACAACAAUAACAAGAAGAAUUAUGA